AAUUCUGAAUCAGAAUUUUUCCUUGGCAGCAUGGACAGAAUUUCCAAUAAUGAAAAUAAUCCAACAAAUGACCAAAAUCACAACCCACCACAUGUGAAAAACAUCUUCCAAACUCUCCAAACAUCUUUAGGUCACAUUGCAGAGGAGAAGAGGGAUAAGGAAUCCUCUCUCUUCAACAGGGAUGUAAGUGAUGAGCAGUUAACAACCGUAAAUAAAGGAACACUUCAAGAAGCAAUCAGUCCAGAUGUUCCAAGCAGGAGUAUGCCACACGCGCGGCUUCUGCACUUUCUGCAGAGGGACAUCAGCAUCGCCGCUGUGUCGGUGUCAGGAAUCCUCACGGCCAUGGUGUUGCUGCUGCUGGCGUUGGUCACGGACAUCAGGAAGAAACAGCCGUUAUCUCCUCCAGCAAACAUGACGUACAAUAUUUUGUAUAAUGAAUGGAAAGACUUGGUGGCAAAAGUCUCAAGAAAAGAAGACCAGAAAAUAUGCAGGAAAACAGGAACAGUUGAAGUUACAUUCCAGUGUCUAAGCCAGGUGAUGGGGCCAGCCAACCAGCACCCAAAGCCGUGAUGCGAGGCGAUUCUCCAUCCAGACUUGGUGGAGAGGCAGUUGGAUUUCUGGCUGUGAGGUGCACCCUG